AUGAAGUCACAGGGCUCCCUGGCCUGCCUCCUGCUGGCCCUGUGCCUGGGCAGUGGGGAGGCUGGCCCACUGCUGAGAGGAGGGGAGAGCGCUGGAGCAGGUGCUGGGGAGGCCGUGGGACAGGGGGUGGGAGAUGCCAUUAGCCAUGGAGUCGAAGAGGCUGUUGGCCAAGGGGCUGGAGAGGCAGCCGGCUCCGCAACCAGGGAGGUCAUGGGCCACAGCCUGGGGGAAGCAGCCCAUGCCCUUGGAAACACUGCAGGUGAGGCUGGCAGACAGGUUGAGAACAUCAUUCGACAUGGAGGGGAUGCUGUCCACAGCUCCUGGCAGGGGAUGCCUGGCAGCAGCGGUGCUCGGCCUCCAUCUGGAGGCCAUGGCAUCUUUGGCUCCCAGGGUGGCUCUGGAGGCCACAGCCAGGGCAAUCCUGGAGGGCCAGGGACUCCCUGGGGCCAGGGAUACCCCCGAGGUUCAGAUGGAAGCUUUGGAGCCCACUCUCAGGGAGGCCCAUGGGGCCAAGGAAGCAAUGGAGGGUCUUUCGGCUUGGGCACCAACGCUCAGGGGACUAUGGUCCAACCCGGUUACGGCUCCUUGAGAGGCAGCAACUCACACAUAGAGUGCACCAACCCCCCGCCAUCCGGCUCAGGCGGCAGCUCCAGCAGCUCAGGGGGAGGCAGCGGCGGAGGUGCCAGCGGAGGUGGUGGCAGCAGUUACGGGCCCAGCUGGGACCGUCCCUUUGAAAAAUCUAGGAAUUUUGAUCAAAGCAGCUAUUCAGGCUCCGAGGGACACAAUACCGGCUCUUCCUGGGAUAGCAAUGGUGGCUCUUCCUUGGGUAGCAGUGGAGGCGGAAAUGGCGGCGGAAGUGGCGGCGGAAAUAAACCCGGGUGUGACAGCCCAGGGAAUGAAGUCCGCAUAUCCGGAGGAUCUGGGGGUCAGAACUCUCAGACGUCUCCUGGGCUCUUCAACUUUGACACUGUCUGGAAGAAUUUUAAAUCCAAGCUGGGUUUCAUUAACUGGGAUGCCAUAAACAAGGGCCAAGUCCCACGCCCCAGCACACGCACCCUGCUCUACUUCAGCCGACUCUGGGAGGAUUUCAAACACAACACCCCUUUCCUGAACUGGAAAGCCAUUAUUGAGGGUGCUGAUGCGUCCUUGCUCCAGAAGAGGUCAGGCAGUGCCAGUCAGAACACCUAUAACCAGCAGGCAUACCCUACUCCCUCUGGUGGGCAGUACGCAGCCAAGAUCCCCUCUAAGGGGGGAGCCACGCCUUCUUCCUCGGCUUCCCCGGUGCGCCCUGGCCCACUGCAGUGGGUGAAGUUCUGGUAG